UUGUAGGAAAUAUACCACUUUCAUUGCACUGCAAACCUUUUAACAGAAACACUUGAUACCGCUGUAAACACAAAGCUUGGUGAUGUGAUGUUUUAUAGUAAUCGUAACUUCUAGCUUUUCUAAAUUAAACACAAUACGGCAGAACCAUGCAGUUAGGAAUAUUAGCUUUUUUAUCAGCUUUAUUGUUUUACAGUGCUAAAGGUCUAGUGAAUCUGGAGGAGUUCUUUAGAGACUGCCAAAAAACAGAAGAGACUUUUGAUGACUGCGUCAAAGAUGGACUGAAUAUUUUAACACCCUAUUUUAAAACAGGAUUGCCCAACUAUAAUAUUACAGCAUUUGAUCCAUUUUUUGCCGCUGAAGUUGCUCAAAAACGUAGUGGCCCUUUUUACAGUUAUAAACUUAUUUUACGAAACGUGUCAGAGUAUGGAUGGAGUUCCUCACACAUCACUAAACUCAAAACAGAUGUUAACAGACAUCUUAUCCAAUACACCCAAUUUUUUCCCGACAAGGGCCUUGAUGGGUUCUACGAAAUUGAAGGAACAUUUUUUGGUAACAAAAUUAGUAAUAGUGGAGCAUGGAAUCUGAAGUUGUAUGAUUAUAUUCAAACUACCACGAUUACAAGGAAACCACAGAGAGACGUAAAUGGAGGACUAAUACCACACCCUCCUCUCAAAGUUGAAAUCAACGCGAAAUCUUCUCGCAAACUGGAGCUACAUAUCGAAAAUUUGGCAGGAGGCAGAACCAUUCUUGAAAAUAUGUUGGACUGGAUUAUAAACAGAGCAUGGCAACCCGGUUUUGUGAUUUUAACGCCACUCAUCGACGAUUUAGUGAGCACAGCAUUUACAGGAAUAUUCAAUAAAAAUUUACAGUAUUUUCCAUUUGAAAAAAUAUUUCCUAAUUAACUUCACUACAUAACCACAACGAUAUCGCAGAAUUUAAAAGCUCGAUCUCUUUAGGAAACAUUGCAUUUUCAGAUUUAUCAAUUUGUCCCUAAGGACGUUUAUAAUCAUAAAAAAGGACCAAUAACUGAAAGUACAAGAAUGAAAAUUAAAUAUUAUAGUUUUUGUAUAUUUAUAUAAAUAUAUCCUCGAAGUACUGAAUA